GCCCGCGUUGAUAGCCGCGUUUGCACGCUGGCCGCCGAUAAGCGUUCAAAUAAACGGGUCACAGAGCAAAUCGAACCUUUAUAAUGGGGACAAACACCGUCCAGUUCGAAUACGACCCGGAACGGCUCAUCGAGGAAGUGAAAAAACGGCCUGGUAUAUGGGACUUUGAGCACGUUGAAUACAGGGCGAAGAAUAAACGUCACCAACUAUGGUCUGAGGUCGUCAACACACUCAUGACCGGCGACGUCAAGAUUUCAAAGAGCGAGAUGCGGGAGCUAGAGCUACAACUGCAGAAGAAAUGGAAAAGCAUCAGGGACUGCUUCCAGAAAUACAUCUCACAUCCAAACAGAACGAAACGUCCUUACUUGUACGCCAGACACCUCAAUUUUCUCAAACUCCAAAAAAGCACUCAAGACCCCCAAGAGGUAGGCUCGAGCGAUUCUGACGAUGAACGUCGCUCGAAAAGAGUGUGGAAACCAAAAAAGAAAUUGAGGAUUACGAGACCGAGCUCCGACGAUGAUAAUGACGCGCUGGACAAUGACGAUUACAGGUCGAACGAAGAUGUGCAAAUCGAAAUACCACUUAAGAAUACUAGCACCAACAAACACAGUUUGAUAGACGAAUUCGCGUUCGCGAGUGUCGAUCAAAGCAGGAACGAACCUGAGGAUCCAGACAAAUUGUUCCUACUAUCGCUAUUACCGCAUCUGAAAACGAUACCUGAUGAGUUCCGACUUAACGUCAAAAUGGAAAUGAUGCAAGUGUUGAGAAACGGUCAGUACCACUCUACGAUGGACCAUAAGAUAAUGUAGUUUCCAAAAUAUUGGUGAUUUAUUACUACCUAAAACAAUACAAAUACAUUAGAGGACUGUUAUGAUUUGUGUUUGUUUUUGUAUAUAAUUGUUAAGAAUAAAGCGUGUGAAGCGUGUUACAAAUUGUUGAUUAGUAUUUUAGUUGGAAUUUUAUCACUCAGGUGUCUAUUUUAUUUGAAAAGCUAGCAGAUACUUAUUUCUACCGAAAUUUAUAUAAUGUUAUUGUAUGUCAAAGUCAUUUUAUGAACGGCCGUUAUACCUCACGUGGAGCAAGCCUGAAGGGUUCUGGCUCAAAAUCCUUUCUUCCUUAGUGACAGCAGACCUAUGCUUUUUUAUUUCUGCUAAACAUGUCUUAUCGAUAUCAAAGACAAAUAUUAUAUUUAAGUAUGAUUAUUGCUUAAUGGAAUUGCAAUAAUUCUAAAUCGGUUGUACGCAAAUCCUAAUUAAAACUAUUUCAGCAUAACUUAGUUUAUAAUCAUCAUCAUCAUAAGAACCCACCCAAC